AUGUCUCCCUCCUCAACACCUACAGCCGACGUACUCAUUGUCGGGGGAGGAUAUGCUGGCUUGGCUGCAGCAUCCACUCUCUACCGGGCCACUCACUCUACCAUCGUCUUUGACUCGGGCCUAUUUCGAGACGACAAGGCACCACACGUUCGACUGCUGCCCGGCUGGGAUGGUACAGAAUCCUCAAAAUACAGGCAAGCAGCCCGUGCAGAGCUGGAAAACACUGGUCUCUGCUCCUUCGUCAAUGCGCAAGUGACCACAAUUGCACAGCAGCAAGGACAGGACUACGAGUGGCGGGUGACAGGUAGCGAUGGGCAAGAAUACCAGGGCCGGAAGGUGGUGCUCGCAACGGGAACGGACGAGAUCUAUCCUGAUAUUCCCGGCUACAAGGACUGCUGGGUGACGGGAAUCUUUCCGUGCAUGUUCCAGUUCGGGUACGAAGAGCGAGGCUGCGCGUCCGCGGGGAUCUUGGUCGUAGAUAAAUUGGCCUCGGUGCUUCCCCAGGUGGUAAAGCUGGCCGGCGAUACACGCAAGUUCGCCCGCCAGGUCGUUCUUUAUACCAACGGAGACGAGAAAGUGACGGCGCAGCUCCAGGAACUCACCAAGGAGGUUGACUACCUGUCGAUUGAAGCUCGGAACAUCCGGCGUUUACGCAAAGGGCCGAAGAGAGCGGAGGUUACGGUCGAACUGGAGGGUGGCGAUGAGAGGAAAGAGGGAUUUCUCGUGCAUCAGCCAUGGACUCAGCUGCGAGGAACUCUGCCCGCGCAGCUGGGAGUCGAGACAACGCCCAUGGGCGAUAUCCGCGUGGAGCAUCCGUUCCCGGCCACCAGCGUCCCUGGCGUCUACGCUGCUGGGGAUUGUGCCUCUCCUUUCAAAAACGCUUCCAUGGCCAUUGCGGCAGGGGUGUGUGCGGGAAAUGGUGUAGCACGCGAGCUCCCUGCAAGUAUCUAA